CUCCACCACCAAAGCUCAGUCAAGGCUUGUGCUCUGCUCGUGUCAGUCCCGCGCUAGGGUUUCGUUAGUCUCUCGUUUCUCUUCCGUUCUCUCUCGUCUAAGCUUUUCUGCUCCAAAAGCAGAAUCGGCGAUCAUGGCCAAGAACUACCCAACCGUGAGUGAAGACUACAAGAAGGCCGUCGACAAGGCCAAGAAGAAGCUCAGAGGAUUCAUCGCUGAGAAGAACUGCGCUCCUCUCAUUCUCCGACUCGCAUGGCACUCUGCUGGGACCUUUGACAAGAAGACGAGGACCGGCGGUCCGUUCGGAACCAUUAGGUACCCAGAGGAGCUCGCUCACGGCGCCAACAAUGGCCUCGAUAUCGCCGUUAGGCUUUUGGAGCCCAUCAAGGAACAAUUCCCUAUCAUUUCUUACGCUGACUUCUAUCAGUUGGCUGGUGUUGUUGCUGUCGAGGUUACUGGUGGCCCUGAGAUUCCAUUCCACCCAGGAAGAGAGGACAAGCCUAACCCACCACCAGAAGGCCGUCUUCCUGAUGCUACCAAGGGUUCUGACCAUUUGAGGGAUGUGUUUGGUACCAUGGGCCUCAGUGACCAGGAUAUUGUUGCUCUCUCUGGUGGUCACACUCUGGGAAGGGCCCACAAGGAACGCUCUGGUUUUGAGGGACCCUGGACUAGCAACCCUCUCAUCUUUGACAACACCUACUUUACUGAACUCCUGAGUGGAGAGAAGGAAGGCCUUCUACAGCUUGUAUCUGACAAGACACUUCUGACAGACCCCGUCUUCCGCCCACUGGUUGAGAAAUAUGCUGCGGAUGAGGAUGCCUUCUUUGUUGAUUACGCUGAAGCCCAUCUCAAGCUCUCAGAGCUAGGAUUUGCUGAUGCCUAAGCAUGGGACACUCACGAUGGUGCAAUAUCUGCUUGCCUUGCUUUUCUUUUCUCUUUUUUUGUGUUUUCAUUGUUGGUAAAUGACGGAAUUGGUGGAUUUUCUAUCAAGGAUUAGAAACGGAAGAAAAAAAGGGGAACUAGGUGGUUUUCUGCUGCGCUUUUUCUUUUUUGGGACGUGUUUGAACCGAAAUAUUCUAGUGCAACGCAGUGGUAAUCAGCUUUUUAAUUAAAUAAUAUUACACUUCUAGUCUGAAUGUUCA